AUGAGGCGCGGGACCGUCGGGAUCUUGGUGGCGCUGGUCCACACGCUAGCGGCCUGUGAGUUCGGGCCGUUCCCCUACAGCGCCACGGGGAUCGCCUGGAGGAUGACGAAGCCUGCGGCGCUGCUCAUGAACCAGGAAACGGCGCAGGUCAUUCAAGUGGCCUUCAGAAACGCCAAAUUCCCCAACAUCACUGGAGAAAGGGCCGUGCGCUUCCUCGGCAAGGUGGCCUAUGGGCUCACCAACAUCCAGCUCAACAACUUGUCCAUCGAGCAGAGUGAGGUGGAGCUCAAGGAAAACGAUGCCAUCGACAUCACCAUUAAAAAUGUGAUGGCCAUCUUCAAAGGGACCCUGAACUACGGCUACGCCGGGGCCUGGUUCUUGCAGCUUUUCCACUCGGUCGAUUUUGAAAUUGAGUCCUCAAUUGAUCUGCAGCUAAACAUAAAGCUGAUGUGCCAGGAGGACCAAGUGGCUGCUGAUGCCUCCGACUGUUACCUGACUUUCCACAGACUGACACUUCACCUCCAGGGAGACAAGGAGCCGGGCUGGAUCAAGCAGCUCUUCACGGAUUUCAUCGCCUUUACGCUGAAGCUUGUUCUCAAGAGUGAGGUUUGCAAGGAAAUCAAUAUUCUUGCCCAGGUGCUGGCAAAUUUUAUACAAGAGAUAGCAGCAAAUUUUGUCCAGGAUGAGGAUAUCAGACUUGAUAUCUCCCUUGCAUCGGUUCCUUUAAUAAAAGCAAAUUAUCUAGAAUCUCAUCACAAGGGCCUCGUCCAGUACAAGAACUACUCUGAUGUCUUCAGUGACUCUCUCUUCUCCCCAUCUCUGCUGUCCGAAUCCCGAAUGCUCUACUUCUGGCUGUCCGAACAUAUCCUCAACUCUCUGGCUUCAGCGGCUUUCUUAGAUAAGCGCCUAACGUUGACCAUCACCGGGGAGAAGUUGCAGGCGCUGUUUGAAAUCGAAGACACAGAGGCUCAGCGGAGAGCUGUGGAGAUGAUUUUUCAAGGCACCUCCUACAAUGAUUCCGUGGCCAAGGUGUGGAGUCUUGCCCAGCCCCAGAUCUCUCUCCAGCCAGAAGGGACAGUGGUGAAGGCUUUGGUAGCUGCAGAGAUCAGCAUCUUUCCCCCAGGAAAAGAGCCCCUGAUGGUUCUGUAUAUGGAGAAGGAAAUCACAGUCACUAUCCAAGCAGCGUAUGCGGAAAAAAAACUACACUUGCACCCCUUGGACUCCAGGAUAGAGUUUAAAGCCUUUAAUUGCACGGCUGAUCCAAGUGGGAAUGACGAAUCCAUAAGAAACUUCCUGCAGAAAAUGAUCUUGGUCACUGGGAUCCCAGAAGUGAUUUCAAGGAUCCAACCAACUUUAAUAUCGCUGAUGAACAGCAAAGGACUUCAUCUGUUUGAAAUCCAGAGUCCUGAGAUCAUCACAAGAAAGGGAUACUUAAUCGUGCAACUUGACUUUGGCUUCCCGGAUCAUUUGCUUCUCGAUUUUUUUGAGAAAACAUUGUAG